GGUCCAAACCCCUCACAAAACCCUCUUCCGCAACCUUCGACCGUGAGGAGACGGAAUCACCGCCACCACUGCGACUACUACCACCGACGACAACUCCAUCUACAGGAGACUCCGGUGUAUACUCGCAGGAGAGAUAAUGGAGCAGAGAUUGGCUAAUUCGUUGAUAAUGACGGUGAAUGAGAAGAAAUUCAUUGAAACUGCAUUACUGUCGGACCUUAGAGUGGAUGGUAGGCGUCCUUUCGACUAUAGAAAACUAUCUAUCAGCUUUGGUAGAGAAGAUGGUUCAUCAGAGGUCCAGCUUGGAAAUACUCGUGUUAUGGGGUUUGUCACGGGCCAGCUAGUACAACCUUAUCGAGACAGGCCAAACGAAGGGACACUUGCAAUCUACACUGAGUUCUCACCCAUGGCUGAUCCUUCAUUUGAGGCAGGUCGUCCUGGAGAAUCCGCUAUUGAGCUUGGGCGUAUAGUAGAUCGUGGUUUAAGGGAAAGCAGGGCAGUAGACACUGAAUCACUUUGUGUCAUUUCAGGGAAAUCGGUAUGGGCCAUUCGGAUUGAUCUUCACAUUAUUGACAAUGGGGGAAAUCUUGUAGAUGCUUCCAAUGUUGCUGCUUUAGCUGCCCUGUCAACAUUCAGGAGGCCUGAAUGUACAUUAGGAGAAAAUGGUCAAGAAGUGAUUGUACAUCCACCAGAGGCAAGGGAGCCACUUCCACUGAUAAUACACCAUCUUCCAGUGGCAGUAACAUUUGCUUUUAUCGGUAAAGAAAAUGUUGUGGUAAUUGACCCAACCCACCAUGAAGAGGCUGUGAUGGGAGGAUCCAUGACUGCUACACUUAAUACAAAUGGUGAUGUUUGUGCUAUCCAGAAAGCUGGGGGUGAGGGUGUCUUGCAAAGUGUCAUCAUGCAGUGUUUGCGCAUUGCCUCUGUGAAGGCUGGCGAUAUAACGAGCAAGAUAAAGAGUGCUGUAGAAUCAUACAAUACUGAAAGAUCACUACGGAAAAUCAAGCGGCAUAAUCCUUCUCCUGCUGGAUACAAACAUUGAUGCGGCACCAUUGACGGCUACUAUCUUCUCGUCGUAUGUAAUUUCAUCAACUUUAUUUAGUAUAAGAAAACGACUCGAUAUUUUGUUUCGGGGAAAAUUUUGUUGUAAUGUGCCUUUUGAAGAGGUUUGUCAAGUAUUUGAGCUGAUUCGUACUCGAUCCAAUUAUGAAAUGGUCGAAUAGGUGGUGGACUAGAUGACAAUCGACCUUUAUAUGUUUAGCUUGUAGAAGAUCCUACUCUUGGCUAAUAUGGAUGGCAAAUGAUGAUCACGUUAUAGCCUCGUACGUGAUGCUUGUAUUAGACGUUUGGUCUAAGCCAUCUCACAUGUAACUUCCGUCAUGGGUCAAUGUUCCGAUUCUACACUUGAUUGAGAUAAUGUUGCCUUCAUAGCUUAGUAUUCUAUUU